GAACAGUAGAGCAUUUUAUUUAUGUUUUUUUUUUUUGUUUGUUUGUUUGUUUUACUGUAUGUAGUUACGUAGGAAAAAUUAUAAUAACAUGUUACAUAUGCAUGCAAUGCAAUACAGUUUUUCUGAUGCUUUAUUCUGUAUGGCAUCAUCUCAACAUUCCCUCAGCCAUUUAACCCAGUGUAUUAGGGCCACAUGCCCAUGUUUUUCUGUGUGAGACAGUCACACACAUGCAGCCCACACAUAAAGUUAUUAACCCCAGAUUCCCCUAGAAAGAAGUGGCCAUUUGAUUGAAACAUGGAGCUAAUGGGAUCCACCCAAAUGGCCACUUAUGCACGGCCCAAAACCAGCCAUUUCCUGCCGGCAAUUUCCAUCACCAGUUAUAGGAGCCACCAGCCCGCCCUGACUUACAACCAAAAUUCAAACAUGCCCAGGAGAACUAAUUCUUACUUCAGAAGUGGCAGUGCUAUCCCGACUGUAGCAGGCCUUCAAAGCGACAACCUGGACCUGGUCCGGGCCAAGACCAUGUUCUACCCCUCAAAUAGGACAGCUCUUAGUACACGCUACAUGCCAGAUGACUGGUACAAGUCCAACCAGAGUAACUACAGGGAGUCUGAGUCGUCCCGGAAUAGUGCAGAAAGGCUUCGGAUGGACACAAUCCGGCUGAUCCAGGAUAAGGACCAGCUGACCCGCAGAACUCAGGAGACCACCAGCAAGAACAUUGGAGAGAGGCUAAAUGACAUCAGCUUCUGGAGAUCUGAGCUCAAUCAUGAGAUAGACAACAUGGUGACAGAGAUAGCAGCACUGACAGAGGUUAAAAGGAGGCUUGAAAGAGCACUCGCUGAGACCGAGGGGCCACUCCAGGUGUCUCAGGAAUGUUUGUUCCACCGAGAGAAACGGAUGUCUAUUGACCUUGUACAUGAUGAUGUAGAGAGAGAUCUAAUUAAGGAGGUAGAGGUGAUUAAGUCAUGUCAGGAGAGAAUGAGACGACAUUUAGGCCAAGCCAUUGCUCAACUAGCGUCGAAUCGUGCAGCACAGCACGAGCUAGAGAGAGACUUGAGUGAUAAGGUCACAGCACAGAGAAUUGACAACAGGUGUCAGCAUCUCAGGAACACCUCUGACAGUAUCAGCUACUACAGAGGAAUCGAUCGCCUGGACCCCUCUAUCAGUCUUCCAGACUCCUGGUCGAAAUUCACUGAUGACAACAUCGUACAUUCACAGAGCGAACGCACAAACUCUCACAAACUCAGGGAUGAGAUUGAGAUUCUGCUCAACGCCACUUCAAAUGAGAUGUGGAACCAGUUUAACACAGUAAAUGUGUCCUUCACCAACCGUAUCUCUGAGACAGCAGAUGCCAAGAACAAUCUACAGACUCAUCUGGCAAAGACAUUUCAAGAAAUCUUCCAGACUGAAAUGCUGAUUGAAGCUCUGAAAAAGACGAUCAGAGACAAAAAGAACCCGCUUAAAGUGGCCCAGACUCGCCUGGAAGAAAGAACUCGCAGACCCAACAUUGAGCUCUGCAGGGACAACCCUCACCACAGGUUAAUUACUGAGGUAAGGGAGAUUGAAGUCACCAUUCAUAAGUUGAGAGAGAGGUUGAUAGAGGCAGAGAACACUCUUCAGAACCUGGUAAAGACGAAAGUGACUCUGGAGCAUGACUUGUCAAUCAAAGCCAACUCUCUGUUCCUGGAUCAGCAGAAAUGCAUGAGCUUGAGGAAGAGCUUUCCAAGCACGCCCCGACUGGUCGGUUACACAUAGUUACACCCAAUCUAGCAGAUGCUUAACCAUGGCCCGCUUGGCAGACCCAAAUCCAAACUUUGACGUUUAAAAGAGAUGGAACUGCUUGACAGAUUCUUCUUCUCUUUAUAUAAGUGGAAUGGCACCUCUCACCUCACCGUUAUUGUCUCACUCACCUCUAUCUGUUAGUUUAAGUACACAAUAUUGUUUGUAAGAACUGAUUGUCUCUUGUUCUUUGAAUGUCUGGACACAAAAAUUAAUAAUCCCUGCUUGUGAAGUAACUUUUAUCAAUUCAGCACAAUGAACUGUAAUCAGUCCCUAAUGUAAGAUUAUAAACCAGGUUAAACACACAUGCCCAACAUUGUAAGUUAGUAUUAGUGCUCGAUUAAAACUAUGAGAAAAAUCACACACACAUAAAUAAAAAAAUAAUGAAUCUGACGAAGAGCAUUGAACUCGAAUCAUCACAUAUGCAUUGAGACAAGAAUUAAAGUAUUUUUGGGUGGAUUUUUGGUGAUUUUCUAAAUUCAGCCCUGUUAUGCUUGAAAAUGAAUUAUACUCCCAGAAUAAGCUUUGUUUUGCAUGCAUUUCAUCAAUGGCACUUUGAGUUUAUUCCAGCUUUGUGUAAGAAUGCUCCUUGACACUUAGAUGUGAAGUUUGUGAGGUGUCUGUAAAUGUAUACGAUGCCCCCGGCAUGCGACCUUAAGUAUGGAUGUUAAUGAAAGUGAAGUUUAUCAGUUUUAGAAAGUGAUAUGCAUAAGGAAUAAAAUAUAAAAAAAAUAACUAAGAAAAGAAAGAAAGCUUUUUAAGCAACUGUUAUGAUUGAUUGAAAUAAAUCAUUAGUUAAGAAAAAUAUCAAUGUGGUAAAAUACUCUAAACAAAGAAUAUAUUAUUGCAUAAAAAAGACUUUUGAUUAUUUAUAAUACUUUACAGUCAUGUAAAGUUUUUUUUUUUUUUUUUUAUUCAUAUCAGUAGUUACACAAACAUUAAGAUGAUCAUAAAUGCAAAGUUCAGUUUACUUGUGAUCUCAACUGCUCCAGACAUCUGUUGAACUGAGAUUGUUAACCAACUUGAUCCUUUCCCACUUCCUACCAAAGUGUGAUGUGAUUCUGACAGUUUAGAGACAGGAACCACACCACCUUGCUUUUGUUUGUUUAGUUCAGAGUUCUACUUCAGGACUGUCAUUGAUAAAUAAAGUGGUCUUGACUCAA